GGUUACCCCUUCGAUGAGAGAGGCCGCCACGGAGACCGCAGCCUCCCUGGACGGACAGUUGCAGGCUGAGAGUGGAAGGAGAGGAGGGAAAGAGCACCUGUGGGAACGUUCCCCCAGAAAAAGCUGCCGGCUGCUGUAUAUCUCAGGCCCCAGGAUGCCAUCGGAAUUGGAGAGGGCUAUGGAGAUCAUCAUCAACGUCUUCCACCAGUACGCCACCAGAAAAGGCGACAAGGAUAAGCUGAGCAAGAAGGAGCUGAAGCAGCUGCUGCAGAAGGAGUUGGGCUUGGAGACCCAGAAAUAUCCGGAGGGGGUGGACAAGAUCAUGUGCGAUCUGGACAAGAACAGCGACGGGCAAGUCAGUUUCCAGGAGUUCGUGAAGCUGUUGGCCGCCCUACUUAUAACAAGAAACUCUUCCUUUUCGGAGGAAACCUGAGCUUGCCGGCGGCCCUUAGCGGGAACGCAAAGCUCGGGAGUUUUGGGGGGGGGCUUCAAGCCCAGCUGUCCCCUUCGCAACGCCUUUUCCCCCGUUUCUCGCGGCUUCUCUGCCCAACUGGGAGCACCCCGAGGUGCCAUGUAAUCGUCUGCUGGGACAGCCCUGCUGCUGAUUAAAGCUGUUUAGUGUGCA